AUGGCCAACCCACCUCACGGAGGCGUCCUCAAGGACCUCCUCGCUCGAGACGCUCCUCGUCAUGACCAGCUUGCUAAAGAAGCAGAGUCACUACCCGCGGUCAUUCUCACUGAACGCCAGUUGUGUGAUCUCGAACUCAUCCUCAAUGGCGGCUUCUCCCCGCUCGAAGGCUUCAUGAACGAGAAGGACUACAACGGGGUGGUUGAGAACGUCAGAUUAGCGGAUGGCGCUCUAUUCAGUAUUCCUAUCUGCUUGGAUGUAGACCAGCAGACGGUUGAACGCACGAGCAUUAAGCCUGGCGCAAGAAUCACACUACGAGAUUUCCGCGACGACCGUAACCUUGCCAUUCUUACUGUCGACGACGUCUACAAGCCGGACAAGAAGAAGGAGGCGCAAGAAGUUUUCGGAGGAGAUCCAGAGCACCCGGCCAUCAAGUUCUUGUUCAAUACCACAAAGGAGCUAUAUGUUGGCGGAAAGAUCGAGGCAGUCAACAGGCUCAACCACUAUGACUAUGUCGCUCUUAGAUACACCCCUGCGGAACUGCGAACACACUUCGAGAAGUUGGGCUGGCAACGUGUCGUGGCUUUCCAGACCCGAAAUCCCAUGCACAGAGCCCAUCGUGAACUGACAGUUCGCGCCGCUCGUGCCCGUCAAGCGAACGUCCUCAUCCACCCGGUCGUUGGCUUAACCAAGCCCGGAGACAUUGACCACUUCACCCGCGUUCGUGUCUACCAGGCGCUCAUGCCCAGAUACCCCAACGGAAUGGCCGUGCUCGGUCUUCUCGGUUUGGCCAUGCGUAUGGGUGGUCCGCGUGAAGCCAUCUGGCACGCGAUUAUCCGAAAGAAUCACGGUGCCACCCAUUUCAUCAUUGGUAGAGAUCAUGCUGGUCCUGGAAAGAACAGUGCUGGAAAGGAUUUCUAUGGUCCAUAUGAUGCUCAGCACGCAGUCGAGAAGUACAAGAGCGAACUAGGAAUCGAAGUCGUGGAAUUCCAAAUGAUGACCUACCUUCCUGACACGGAUGAGUACAGGCCAAAGGACCAGGUUCCAGCUGGUGUCAAGACUCUUGAUAUUUCUGGUACCGAACUCCGCAGGCGCCUGAAGGUCGGCGCACCCAUUCCGGAAUGGUUCUCUUACCCAGAAGUCGUCAAGGUUCUGCGAGAGUCAAACCCUCCCCGUGCUACGCAAGGCUUCACGAUUUUCUUGACUGGGUAUCAGAACUCCGGCAAGGAUGCUAUUGCCCGCGCUCUCCAAGUCACCUUCAACGAACAAGGUGGCCGCCCUGUCACACUCCUCUUGGGUGAGACUGUCCGUCACGAGCUGUCUGCCGAACUUGGCUUCACAAGGGAAGAUCGAGACACUAACAUUGCUCGCAUCGCCUUUGUCGCCGGCGAACUAACAAAGGCCGGCUCUGCUGUCAUUGCUGCUCCAAUUGCGCCUUUUGAUGCGGCGCGAAAGGAUGCCAGAGAUACCGUUGAGAGAUUCGGUAGCUUCUUCUUGGUCCACGUGGCUACACCUCUGGAAUACUGCGAGAAGACGGAUAAGCGUGGAGUAUAUGCAAGAGCACGGAGGAACUCGAUCAAGAACUUCACUGGCGUCAACGAUCCUUAUGAGACCCCGGAUGAUGCUGAUCUGACCGUGGACUGCUCCAAACAAUCUGUACGAAGUAUCGUCCACGAGAUUGUCUUGAUGCUGGAAAGUCAGGGUUUCUUGGGUACGUCGUAG